AAUAUGCCUAAAAUGUCAGGCUGUUGUCAGAGGAACCCAACAUGUCUGCAUACUUCUGGGAUGAUCCAGCAGCUAUACUCUAUAUAAUCAUUGCCUUCUUGAUACUGGACAAUAUAUGGGCCAUUUAUCUGAUGCUGCGAGAAAUACAUAUGGCAUACAAAACGAACAAAGUUCCGAGUGUGAUCAGCCCGUAUUUGCCGCAGGAGCUCUACGACAAGAUGCGCGUCUACAAAAUACACAGAGGCUGGCUUACGAUUGUAAACACCCUGCUUACGGCGGUUAUAAUGGGUAUUCUAGAGCUGUACUUCGGAUUUUACGCCUGGCUGUAUGGAAUGGCCGCCCAAUGCGCCUUGGGCAAGUGGAUGGAGCACGAGGCUUGCGUUUCCGUGAUCUUCGUACUCAUGCUGAGCGUCUAUUUCUGGCUCAAGAGCGUCCCGGCAAUGAUUUACGAGAAAUGUUGCAUCAAGAGCUUGCAACCCAGGGCAAAACCAUCAUUGUGGUUCCGCAUCUGUCACUUUGUCUUCGACCUAAUCUUGGGAGCAAUAGUUACCAUCGCCAUAGUAGUCGCCUUGGUGUACAUGUUUAUCGGCUUGGGGCCCUACGCUCCCCUUGGCUUGUACAUUCAAUCGCUGAUCCUGACGGUCAUCAUACUCCUGCUGAUUCCAUUCUUGAUCGAUCCCUUUGUGGGCAAGCGAGUGCCGCUGGAGAACUCGAACCUGCGCAACCAACUGGAGUAUCUUACGCGGCAAGUGGGCUUUCCCAUGAGCCAGGUGCGUAUCAUCCGGGUGCACGACCCCAACACGGGUAGCAAUGCCUUCUUCUACGGAUGCUGCUGCCUAAAGAGAAUUGUGAUCUUCGAUACCCUGCUGCUGAAUAGGGGCAAGCAAGAUCUCACCCAGCUGUCGCCAGAGGAGCUGGGCAGGGGACUGACGGAUACCCAGGUGACGGCUGUUGUGGCCCACGAACUGGGUCACUGGAAGAACGGACAUUUUUACAAGGCGAUCAUGGCCUUCCAAGUCCAUCUCAUACUGACUAUCUUGCUGUUUGCAUUCAUGUUUGCCCACGGACCCAUAUAUCAGGCGGUGGGAUUUGCCCCCGGCCUGCAGCCCAUCGUCAUUGGAUGCUUCAUCAUCUUCGGAUUCGUACUGAUCCCCUACAUGACGCUGGCCAACUUUAGCAUGCUGAGCCUGACGCGCUGCUUUGAGUUCCAGGCAGAUAGGUUUGCAAACCGUCUCGGAUACGCUGGUGAACUUCGCCAGGCGCUGCUCAAAUUGUAUGCGGAUAAUAUGGCAUUUCCCGUCUCGGAUCCAUACUACUCCAGCUGGAAUCACACACAUCCCACCAUUCUGGAUCGUUUGGCUCGCCUGGAGGAUGUUCGACGUUAGGCAAUAUAUUUUUUCGGUUUCUUUUUUCAAACAUAGUAGGUUCUGAUUGAAUUAUCCGGCUUGGGUAAUAUAGAUAUAUAUUUUA